AUGCGUACAAGGCGUGGGGGCCACGGAGACUGGGUGCUCUAAAACGGGGGUGCAUAGCGUAAUUCGGUGCUUACUCGCUGUACACAAUUAAUUCUGUGGGUACAAGUCUAGUUCUUCCCGGAUUCUCAGUUUCACUGAAUGGAGCAAAACGCCGUCGUAAACUUCCGGCACGGCCACGGGCGAUCGACCUCGACGGAUCGGUUUCUCGGCGUGUUUUCGCCGCCGAAGGCUGAUUCCGCUAUCGGCGGCGGAGGGGAAUCGGAUGCAUCCUUGGUUGGGGGCGGCGAUGAGCUGAACGAAGACGAUGUGCUUUGGACUGGACGAGACUUCACGGAGCCUCAACGUCGAUCCAAUUCAGGCUCUCUGAGCACUCCUCGGCAGGCGUUUAAGAAGCCGGAGAAUUUCGGAAUCCUCGCCGCAUUGCCGGAGCAGCAGCGGAAAGGAGGGCGUCCGGUUAUCUAUCAAAAGCACGCUACGACGUCGUUUUCGCGGGAUAUCCCUUCAAUUCCCAAGCCGGCGGUGGAUAGGGAGCAGAGCUAUGGCUACAAUCGAAACUUCUCGCAAUCAAUGCCGGCUACGAAGUUCCAGCACUCGACUCCGAUGAAAGUGCCGAUGAUGCCGAAGAAGGCGCCGAGGAACGGCGAGCUUGCUGACGUGGACAUCGACGACGACGCCGAUGAUGAAAUGCUGCCGCCGCAUGAGAUCGUGGCGCGAGGAUCGGCUAGGUCUCCCAAGACCACUUUCUCAGUACUGGAAGGAGCCGGCAGAACCCUCAAGGGGAGGGAUCUUCGUCAGGUUCGCAAUGCGGUUUUUCGUCAAACAGGUUUCAUCGACUGAGAACAAUUGAGACUCAACUCAACUCAAAUUUUAGUCAAAGUCAGUGAUUUUGCUCUUCCUUUUGACUGAGAAGUGAACAAAUUUUUUUCCAGAUAGCUUUCAGUCAUGAAGUCGAUUCCCCCAAUUAUAGUCAUAUAUAGUAUAUGGAAAUUUCAUUUUUGUCUGUGUUUAUGAUACUUUGUUUGAUUUCUUGAAGAUAUUAUGUUGAAAAUUUUGGUAAAACAGGAGAAUUACAGACAGCUCACAGCUGUGUUAGAUUCAAUUAAAAGAAACUGUGCAUAUUUGGUGCA